AUGGGGCCUAUAUUAUGGCCAGCACGGGCACCGGAACUUAAUCCAUUAGAUUUUUUUUAUUGGGGAUAUCUAAAAGAAAAUGUGUAUUCAAAACCAAUCCCCAAUAUUGCAGAGCUUCGACAAAAAAUAAUUGAAUUUUCUCAACAAGCAAAUAACAUAAGAUUGGCGCGGCCUAUAACACGUUCUUUCAUAAGAAGAUGCCGCACCUGUAUUAGAGCAGGAGGUCGACAAUUCGAACAUUUAUUGUAA